CGCGGGCACUACGGGCGGUGUUUGGCUAUGGCCCCGAACUCGAUGUCGUCAGCCGGCGAUCAAGCCAACAUGGUGGCAUUCCGCUCCACCUACGGGGACCUCAGCCGGUCGGCUUUGGCGUGGGCGAUUUUGUCCAGAGACAGCUUCCUGCUUACGAGGCCUGAGCCGAAUCAGCCAGGACUUUGGCCUCCGGUGCGACCCACUGUUCCGACCGACCGACGUCGAGUGCUGGGUGGUGGCCGAAGCCGGAGCCGCCAAGGCAGAUACUCGCCCUACCCGAUCCCUGAGGUCAAGCUCGAUCUCUUAAGAAGCGUGUUGCAGCAGCGUCUGGUUGCUCUCGCAGCCCGAAUUUCAGCGUAGACCGAAUGCCUCCCCUCAGUUAACUUGGAAACAAGACCUCCCUAAAAGCUC